AUGGCGGAGAGAGGGGGCCGAGAAGACGCACUUACCUUAAUCCGCCAGCAACUGGCUGCAAUCUCGGACCGCAUGCUCUCGAAGACGGAUACCGGGGGACUAAUGCAGGAGUUCCGAGCAGUGGUGCGGGAGGAGAUGGCGGCCUUGCGCACUGACCUGAACGCAGUCGAGGAGCGUGUGGAAGCCCUGGAGAAUGAAGCGCAGGCCUGCCAAACGCAACACAGAGCCACUGAGCUUGCCACCAUACGCCAAGGCAAUCUCCUCCUCACCAUACGCCGCCAUGUAGAAGAACUGGAGAAACGCAGUCGCUGGCACAACAUCCGGAUCCGGACUCCACACCUCUACCGGAGAUGGUCCGGGCCCUCUUCAAUCAAAUCCUGGGAAGAGAGUCCCCCACGGACAUUAAAUUUGACAGAGUGUACCAAGCCCUCGGUCCCCAAUGACAAGACAGGAGACCCAGAGAUGUCCUCUGCUGCCUGCAUGCCUACAGCCUGA